AUGGCUGGAUGUGACGAAAGCGACUUGCCUGAUGCGAUGGGCGCUUUGUCCGUUGUCAAUGAUUGCGGGACAGACCUCGGAUUGGACGACAACAUAGGGACACAGCGUAGCAAAAUUGAAAAUGAUUAUGAAAGCAUUUUCUCGUGGGACAUCCAACGAUUAACAGGAGUUAAGUUGAGCCGGAUCAGUAAGGUUCGGGAUAAGCUGGAAAUUAUCACAGACAUGGAAGAAAAUAAUGAUGUAUUCAAAUUCAAUAGAUUUUAUUUACAAUUAAUAGCCUGUUAUGAACUAUACAUUAGCAAAAGUUUCAAAGAAUCAUAUUUUGAAAUUGAAAUGGUUGUUAAGUUUAUGGAGACAUGUAAAUUGGACGAAUCAAAAAAAGAAGAACAGUACUUUGAUGCUUACUACCAUAUUGCUCUGGCCACCAUUGCGUAUAUUGGAUUAACACUGAAAAUUGAUUCAAAAAAGUUGCUAAAUGAUAUUAAACAAAUCAACAAUUUUAAUAGUGCUGAGAAAGCUGCAAUUUGUGCGGUUAAAGCCAGAGUUUUUAUGGAAUAUUCUCCAAAAGGAAACGAUAUUGCUUUAAAUUUUGCUGAUCAAGCCCGCGCCCUUCAUCCUACUGAACCUGAAUUGAUAAUCAUUUGGUUAAAAGCCAAAGGGAGAGUAAGACGUUAUUACGAUCCAACUGAAAUUCCAGGGGAUGAUGAAAUAGAAGCUGCAGAAAGUGUAUGCUCAAUAAAAUCAAACUCCAAACUUAUAUUUGAAGCUUCUCAAAUAUAUAAGGAAGUUGGAUAUAUUUAUAAAACAAAAAAAAACUAUAAAGAAUCAAAUAAAUUUUUUAAGCUUUCGUUUGAUAUUGCUAAGUAA